AUGGAUACUACAACAGUUCCACAAUGUCAAGGCUGUAUGUGCAGUGGAAACAAUCAAACUCAGAUUAUAGAUAUAGAGGAGUCGAAUGUUCCCCUAAGUAGUAGUAAUAAUGGAUUAAAACAACAGAAGAAUCAACAGUCAACUAGUUUGCGAAGACGUCCGAUAUCAACAUCAGAACAAAUCAAUAGCAGUAGCAACAGCAGUGGCAGUAGUAAAUCAACAACAACAAACAACAACAACAAUAAUAAUAAUACAACAAUCACAAUCGAACAUACUGUAUCGAACGAACAUCCACUAUCACAAUCACUCAACACAAUCACUCAAUCACUGAAGGACUUUACCGAACCGAAAGCCUCUGAAUCGCACUCUGCAUCAGACCUGCUAUUCAACACCUUUGGCGACUCUAUCGUCCACUCCAACCUCAAGAUACCCCUGUGCACAUGCCAGCAAUCAAAGGCCUAUCCCUACUGCGACUCGACGCACAAGCAGUUCAACCACGAGACAAGUAGUCACGUAUCACCUAUAUAUAUCAAGUUUGAGAAGCAACAGCAGCAACAGCAACAACUGAAUAGCAAGCAACAUACAGCCGAACCAACUUCAACAGCGACAACAACUACAACAACUUCGAACCAAAGACAUUCGACCGAUCUAAAGUCAUCUACUAGUAGGGGUGUACUUCAAAGCAGCAAUGGAAGUAACAACAGCGGCAGUAGUAGUAGUAGUAGACUCAACAGCAGUACAUUGUUAAGUGAUAGUGUCGACAGCAACAGCGAGAGCAACAACAGCAGCAGCAACACCAACAGGAGAGUUAAGUACAAGCCAGGCAGCAUCAAGGACACAGUCAACCAACAGAACUACUUUAGUCUAGAGGAGAUCGCACUGCACAACACUGUUGACGAUCUCUGGAUGAUCAUCCAGAACAAGGUGUACGACAUCACCAAGUACGUCGGAGCGCAUCCGGGUGGCAAGAACGCACUGAUACGCUUUGCCGGACGAGAUGGCACUGAGAACGUACAGUUCCACUCUGGUAUGAUGCUCAAGCUGCUCAACGACCACUACUUCAUAGGCCAUUUGCAGAGGGACCAGCAGACUGUAGAACCCAGUCGAUGUCUGAUAGUU